ACUCAUACAAUGAGAGUCUAGUACCCCCGCAAUUCCCGUGCCUCCGUGUAGGCUACAGCUCGGACGGACAAAUGAUUGUCAAUGGAAUACUUGACACAGCCCAGCUAGAAUCACUAUCAGUUUGUGUGUUCGCUCCUCAGCGUUUCUUACCCGUGUCUUUACAGUUUCGUUAUUUUCAGAAUUGACCAAAAUGUAGGCUAACCAUCUGUUUUUGAUCAGGACGAGGGGAACGGGGGAUUUUUUUUUUUUUGCUAAUGUAAAAAAAAAAAUCAUGUCGUGAGUCGCUGGAAGUUUCGUGUAUUUUCCCAAUAUAACCUUCUGUUUUGGUGAUGACUCGUCCACGUUGAAUACAUAGUUAGUAUUCGUCGCAAAGUGUGGUAGGUUAUUUUAUGAUCAUAUGUGUAAGCUACUCAUUGUAAACGCAAUUUGCGUAAAACGCUUCUAGUCAAUUUACCUACUAAAAUGCUAUUGUUCGUGAUAUAUUUAAGUUUUCGUCCUUUCUGAUUUCCUGUCGAAUUACAGGAGACUGAAGUAGGUUAGGGUAUUCACGUUGCAUGUGGUGUAGUCGGAACCGAAUAGUCGGUCAUCAAAUCAGUAAAGGACCUCGUGGGGACUUGUUCUUAUCCCAUUCAGGUAAUAGUGGCAAAUAUGCUAAAGUAAUAUAUAUUUUUUGUAAAUAUAUAUUUUGUAUGAUUAGCAUUCCUAGUCAUUAGAUAGCUGUUUAAUAUUCGAUGUUUUUAUUGUGGUCUCUGUAAAAACACGGGUAACCGUUUUUGAUAGAACUUCUUGCGGGGUGCCAGAGGGCAUGGGAGAAGCAACUCCCGCACAGCCCGCAGCAGGAGGGUUCGUACCAAUGUUAGGUCUUGGUAUGGUGGGCUCUAUGCCAGGCGGGGGGGUUGCGGGGCCGCUCGCGACCUCCCGGGGCUCUGCCGUCCCGCAGCUUCACAGCGCCAUAGUGGAACGGUUACGCGCGCGGAUAGAACUGUGUCGAAGGCAUCACUCCACCUGUGAGAACCGGUACCAGCGAGGCCAGGCCGAGAACUCUGACCGGGAACACGAGAGUACUCUUCACCUGCUGAACAUUGUGCAUCAGGGACCCGGGAAUAGGAAAACCAAGGGGAACCGGGCUUCGAACCAACAACCUCCAGACUACAGCAGAGUUAAUGGAGAACAGAAAUCCCAGAGCUCCUCAGCGGGAGACCAGAAGAUCUCAACACGAAUAGCACUCCAAGGGUCUCUGAGGAGGAAGAUCGAGGGCCAUACUCCUGGCUACUCCUCUCAACAGAAUGGCCUGUCCUGUGGGCCGUCGGGGCUGGACUUUAAACGUGUCCGUCUGGAGGGGGGCAGCGGCGGUUUGGGUGGGCCCUGUUCCUUCAACUCACAGUCCAUAGGAGGCGACGCAUCGUCCAUAGGCCACACCCUAAACAGGAAAAACAACAACAGCAGCUACAUGAUGCCCCAUGGGGUCAUGAACUCUGACCUCAUCAACAUGACCCUGAAGGAGAUGAAGAAGGAACCUAUAGACCAUGUUACUUCCUGCGGCCAGAGGUCUACUGAGAUGAUGGUGUUCAGCAGCCAGAUCGACCCGGAGCUUCAGGAUCUGUUCGACGAGCUGACCAAGACCGUCCCGUCUCUGCACGACCAGGAGUUUGAGAAGAUGCUGAAGCAGGACGAUACGUUCGGCCUGGCGGAUCUGGAGCGCAGUGCGGCUACCCUCUGCUCCCACCUGGAGAAGCCCAUCAAGACAGAGUACUCCUCUCCAGACUACGGCCAGACACAUGGCCAUGGUGGCUCCUCACAGCUCCGCCCGGCAUCCACUGGUCCCUCCUUCACCAUGUCCAGCUCCUCCCCCAUCACCAACCAGAAGAGCCAAGGCCAGGGGCCCUCAGGGCUGGCUGGACCCCCCAGCAGAGGUCUCCCUGGCUGGCCUGAGGUGUCCCAUGCAGAGCAGCUAAAGCAGAUGGCAGCCAACCAGAACCAGCAGCAGCCCAACCCCCAAGCCCUGCUCCACCACCAACAGCCACACCAACAGGCUCAGGCUGGAGGGGGAGGAGGACCAGGGACCAGUUGGAACACGCAGCCCUCCUCCAGCUCCUUCCCCCAGGACAAGCUCUCCAACCCGGCCUCAAUGGGCCAGAGGAUCACCCCCCAGACCUCCAUGGACAGUCAGGGUAAAGGCAUAAACAACUGUCUGUUCAAGCCCAAUGGACACAACACCUCCAGCCACCUGGAUAUGAAGGUGCUCAGCAACAAACCAAUGCUCCACUUCAGCCCCAAAGCAUCCCAGCAACCCUCCACUAUGGCAGGUCCACUGAGUAAGACUACAGCCCAUCAACAACAACAACAGCCGUCCACCUCAGCCCAGAACUUGAACACGAACCACCCAGUUCAUAACUACCAGAACCCACAGCAGCAACGGCCCAUGUCUGGGCCUCCUCACUUGCAGCCCAAGUCUCUGGCCCAGAGAACCCCUCUCAGCCAGCAUGGAGCUGGACCUGGGCUCCACUUUAAACUGGCUCAACAACGACAGAUGCCUCCUGGGCCUCGUCUGCCCACCAACGGCAGCCUAGUGGGGAUGUCAGCCCAGACCCAGGCCCAGGCCAACCAACGUCCCCCUGCCCCUGGCUCCAACACCCAGCAGAAACCCCCAGGACCAGGGAAGACCCAGGUCAUGCAGAGACAGCUAGCCCAGCAGCAGCACAUCAUCAAUGACUCUGACAAAAUCAAUAGUAGCCAGGAUCUGUUUAACCGUCAUCUAACCAGACCACCACCAGACUAUAAACAGCCCAGAGGAAUGGUCCAACCUACAGGCCUUUUCACAGGUAUGAGUUCUUCCCAGUCGUUGUCGACCAACGGGUCUGACCAGAGUGACCUUCUAUCCAUGUCCUGCCACAUGCCCAGUGGCCCGGGAUCCAAGAUGACCCCUCCUCCCACGGACUGGAGGUUUGGAAGAGGUCCCCACACUCACCAGAUCCAACAGCACAACAACCAGACCAAGAUGGGACUCGGAGUCGGAGGAGGACUCAACCAAAACAAGUCCAGGUUCCCUGGUCCUCCCAACGGCCAGGGUAAUGGGUUUGAGGUGGGUGGUCUUACCAGUGUACAACAUCCCUCAAGGACAUCAGUAGGCCAGCAGGGUGGAGGGAUGCCCAGUCAGGGGCAGGGUCUCGGGCUGGGGGGUGUGAUGGGCUGGCCUCCUGGAGCUAAAGCUCCCAUCAUGGUCCCUGGGUCUCUCGGGGUAAGGCAGCCCCCGAACUCACUCCAACCACAGGGGGCCCAUUCCCAGUCUCAGCUCGACAUGUCCAGCCACCAGUACCCUCCUGGCCCCCGGCACAUAGGCCCUGGCCCACCCAACCAGGUGGCACCAGAAAUUGGCAUGCUGCCUCUGAACCCAGGCCUCCGCAACUCCACCACCACCACCAACCCCAGACCCAGCCAACCCAUGAUGCCUCCUCUGCCAGGGCUACCAAGCCUCAACCAGGCCUCUCCGGAGCAGAGGGUUCCCGCUGGGGGCAGCACCAUCGGGGUCUUCCCACCACAUAACCACAACCCUGGGGGAAGCUACCAGACCCAGAACAGCCGGGCUGUUAACCGACUGACCUUUGAAUUCCUCCAGGAGGGAGACAACACCGUCCCAGGGAUCAACACUGACUCAGACUUCAUCGACUCGCUGCUGAAGUCUGGAUCCGGCAACGACGACUGGAUGAAAGACAUCAACCUCGAUGAGAUCCUGGGCAGUCACUCAUAAAAUGACCUCGAUGAGAUCCUGGGCAGUCACUCAUAAAGUGGGAUGAUGUGGGAUUGCAUAAAUAGGGCCCAGAGUUUUCCCAUGCAGCUCUCAUGAAUUCAGGUUCAUUCCAGAGAGUUUUUCUCUUCUAUUCUCAUGAAUUCAGGUUCAUUCCAGAGUUUUUCUCUUCUUCAAGUCUCAUGAAUUUGGGUUCAUUCCAGAGAGUUUUUCUGUAGAACAAUUCCACAGAAUUGGUGGCCAGUUUUUCAAUCAAAACAUUCCAUAGAAUUGGAAGCGCUGGUCAGGAGUUUUUCCAGGUUAGAUGGGCCAUGUGGUGUGGAAAAACUCCUGGCCUUAAUUAUAGGCUCCAACUAGAGCCAGGAGCUCCUCCCUCUUCUGGUCAGGAUAAACUCCAGGACCCAUCCAUAAAGACUGAUAACUGCAAACGCAGAACUUUCCCCAUACAGAGACUAUGGAUGGCCUUGGGAGUGCAUCCCAAAUGGCACCCUAUUCCCUUUAUAGUGCACUACUUCUGACCAGGAUCCAUAGGGCUAUGGUUGAAAGUAGUGCACUAUAUAGGGAAUAGGGUAUCAUUUGAAACACAGACCAUGAAUGGCCAUGAGUCAGAAUUCACCUAAAGGGAUUACAUUUGCAAAGCUAUAAUGUCAUUUUGUAAACCCAAUAUAUAAUUUGAUAUCUAAUUGUACUUUUUGUGUAUUCCUGUGAAGAAAUAUAUAUUCUGUAUAAUAAUAUUUUAGUACAUUAUAAAGGUUAAUUGAAUAAGAAGAUUCUCUGACAGCGUCUUGACCUGAUUCUGAAUAUAUUCUAUCAAACCUUUCUCUUUUCAUAACAUGGGUGUCGUCCAAAAAUGUCACCCUAUUCCAUACAUAGUGCACUACCCAGUCUUCAUUAUGUAGGGGAUAGGGUGUCAUUUCUGACACAGAUAUGGGAGGUAGUGUACUGCUAGUGACUAGAGCCAUGUGGGCCCUGUAAUACAUGGGGUAGAGGGGUCCAACCAUGGU